AUGUCUGGAGCUUUUGCGCAAAAUAGCUCUAGAUACGUAAUCGCUCAUGAAGCAACAAGUGCCAAGCGUCUUUUAGACGAGAAUGAACAUAUCAUCGAGUUAGUUUCUGACCUUGCUAGAAAAGGUCGAUUCCGUGAAUCGGUCCAACUUCAGGCCGUUCUUCAACGUAAUUUAGUGUAUCUUGUGUCGUCAGUUGAUCAGAAUAACUUGGAUUCAAAGCAACCAGUUGAUGCUGACACUGUUGCUAAAUAG